CUUGUACUGGUCAUUUAGCCCGAUCCCGAAUAAAAUUGACCCAUAUUUUUUCCCUUUUUUUGUCGUCCCAUAAUUUUUCUUUAAUUAAUAAGCCGUUUCUAUUGAAAUCUUUAUAUUAUCACUCUACAUAAUCACUCUACAUAAUUGCACAACUUUGUGGAAUUUCAUUUUCCCGCUCAUUAUUAGAACACAUCUCCACCUCACGAUCAAAAUUAGAUCUGCGACUCUUGGUAAAAGAUUCGUCCUUUCUCCUCCUCACCUUCUCCCUCACCGCAAAAUCAGUCCCUUCACUCCAUUUCUCACAACCGCAGCCCAUCAAUUCGUUCCUCCAUUUCUUGAGCGCAUGAGAAGGGCAUUUGAGCAGGUCAUGGGCUCUUCUCCUCUUUGGAAACCUCAUCCAUAUUCUCCAUCCAUUUCAUAAUCUUAAUUGAUAUCAGAUUCAUUCGCACAUGAAAAUGAUAUCAACACCUCUUCUCUUCUUCGGUCAUCCUAAUGCAUCCCAGUUGAAAAGCUCGGAAGAAAUAUUAUUCUAAUUCGCUCAAUGGAAUCCAUUGGAGUGGAAAAACUCGGAAGUAAUAUUUUUCUAAUUUGCUCAAUGGAAUCCAUUGGAGUGGAAAAACUCGGAAUCCCUUUAUAAGUAAUAAUAUGGUUGCUCUCGGUUUCAAGGUUUUUCCUGUAAUCAGCCUCUUCAAGGUCAAUUGCUUCCUGUUUGCUCCUUUAGUCGAGUUUUUUUAUAUUAUUACGCUUUUGAGCUGAUUUUUAUUUCAAACCUUUUAUUCUCUGAUUGUGAAUGGUCUCCUGCAAGGCUAGCAAUCGAAGGACGGCUGGCGGUCUGUGAAGGACAGGGCCACUGUCUUCACAGUGCAGUAGAUAAUCCGGAAAUAGACCAUGGGAUGAAAAGAAAAAGAUGAACACUGGAUUUCAGAUUGCUGUCAAUUUUAACAUACAAAUCUCAAAGUGUUGAGUGUCGGUCAGAUGGCAUUACGGAUCUUCAUUUUUCAGAACAUUAUCCUGUCUCAAGACUCUCAGAUGGAAGCAUUGGCACUUGGAAAUGAGAACAGACCCCCAAUCUUGAGAAGAGGAGAAUAUCAGAUGUGGAAAACAAGGUUCUUAAACUUUCUGAAAGGAAAAGACAACUCGUCUGCAAUGCUGGAAUCGCUUACUGACGGCCCAGCACAAAUCUGGAUGGAUGUGACUUCAGAUGGUGUAAACAAUCCUCCCGCCACUGUUGAGAGAAGAUUGAAAGCAAAAUCCGAGUACACUGAAGCAGACAGACUUAGAGUCAAGGCAGAUCUGAUGGCUAAGACGUACCUGCUCCAAGCUAUUCCUAAUGACAUAUAUAUACUUAUUGACAGCAUGGAAACAGCUAAGGAGAUGUGGGAUGAAAUCAAAAAACUGAUGAUUGGAACUGAGCUCGGAUUGAAGACGAAGAAAGCCAACAUUCUAACUGCAUAUGAUGGAUUCAAGGCCCUACCUGGUGAGGCGCUCCAUGAAACAUACAACAGAUUUGUACAACUGAUCAAUGAGAUGAGAAAGAUCAAGGUUGUCAAAUCCAACAUGGAAAUGAACAUACGCUUCUUGUCGAGCCUGCCACCAGAAUGGAGAAGGACUGUGAAGAACUUACGACAACACCUGGAUUUGGAUGAACUUGAUCUAUGUACUGUGCAUGAGCACCUCCAACAGUUUGUGAAUGACACUGCUGACAUGGAAGGAACCUAUCCUGGCAAUCCAUUAGCAUUAAUGAUGGAAGCUCAACCCAAGAGUUCAUCCAAAGCUCAGAAGAAGAAGAAGACAGUUGUUGUGAUGUCUGAAGAGGAAGAUAGUGAGGAAGAGGUGGAUGUAGAAUCAGAACUGGCCGAACUGCAAAAGAAAAUGGCCCUGCUGACCAACCAAUUCAACAAACGAUUCUCGAAGAAAGGAAGCUCUUCCAAUAAACUCCGAACUUCCUCUGUCAACUACAAAUCGAAGAAUAAUGAUCAGAACUUUUCCAGUAGAGCUGUUGCAGCGGAAGACCCUCCCAAAUGCUUCAAUUGCGGAAAAGUUGGACAUGUUAUCAAAGACUGUCGCUUGCCAAGAAAGAGGGACUUCAACUACUAUAAGCAGAAAAUGUUGUGGAACAAGCAGAAAAUGUUCAUGGCUAAACAAGAUGAUGACAGCGCUGCAAUGCUCACUGAGGGAGAUCCAUGGCAGGAGGAAAGUUCUGACGAUGAAGAAGGAGAAAACUUGGCACUAAUGGCUAUUGUUGAAAAGGAGGAAGAAGAAAAGGGUGAUGCUGCGAUCCCCAGUGGAAGUUCAAGCUCAAACCACACUGACGGUCAUGUGUGGCACUUAGAUUCAGGCUGCUCAACCCACUUGACCGGAAUAAAAGAGCUGUUGAGCAAUUACACCAAAUGCUACAGAGGAAAUGUGAGAUUUGGAAACAACGCGGCUUCUCCAAUCCUAUGAUAUGGGGAUGUCAUCUGUGAAAGCGUCACCAUAAAGGCUGUCUCAUAUGUGAAAGGACUAAAGCAUAAUCUACUGAGUAUUGGACAGUUCUGUGAUAGUGGCAUGGAAGUGAAGUUUAUAGCCAGACAAUGUUGUGUGCUGGACAGGUUUGGGAAGGUAUUAUUGACCUGCACAAGAACUUCCAACCUGUACACCAUUGAUCUGAAGAGUGUGCAAUUACCUUCUUCCAUCUGCCUGCUGUCCAAAGCUUCCUCUGAACAAAACAGUCUAUGGCACAGACGCCUCUCUCAUCUCAACUUCAAAUAUCUCACAACUCUAUCCUCCAAGAAACUUGUGAAAGGGCUGCCUCCUUUGAAGACUUCCGCUAACACUCAUUGUGAUGCCUGCAGACUAGGCAAGAUGAAAAGGAGCUCUCACAAGUUAAAACCUGUUCCAUCCUCCUCCCGACUGCUGCAACUACUUCACAUGGAUCUGUGUGGACCGAUGAGAGUCCAAAGCAUCAAUGGACGCAAAUAUACACUGGUCAUUGUGGAUGACUUCUCUCGGUACACAUGGACCAAAUUUCUGAGGACAAAGGAUGAAACAACUGCAACCAUCAUAACCUUCAUCAGGACAAUCCAAAAUUUUCUACAAAAAAGUGUGGAGAUCAUCAGAAUAGAUAAUGGUACCGAGUUCAAGAAUCAGUCUCUUGCUGAUUUCUAUGAAACUCAGGGUAUCACACAGCAAUUCUCUGCAGCAAAGACACCGCAACAGAACGGGGUCGUUGAAAGAAAGAAUAGAACUCUUGUUGAAGCAGCACGCACUAGUCUAAUAAUUGAUACUUUCUGAAGUUAGUAUAGC